AUGAAGGAAACUUGCAUUCUGCUCCUCCUCUUAUGGCUUCCAUUGAGUUUGGCCAUAUCAAAUCAGACCCUCAACAACAGCAUAAUGACCAUGCCUGGCUGCCCAGCCAAGUGCGGAAACUUAACUGUUCCAUACCCGUUUGGCAUCGGUUUAGGUUCAGGGUGUUCCAUUGGAUCUUUCUUUGACAUCAACUGUAACACGUCUUUCACUCCUCCAAAAGCCUUCAUCGGUACAGGUAAUUUAGAGGUUAUUAACAUAUCAGACACCAAAGUCCGGGUGAAAAACUGGGUAGCUUCCAGAUGCUAUGAUGCGUUUGGUGCUGUAACCCUCGAAAACCCAGUUUCGUUGAGUCUACGAGCCACGCCUUACAGCUUGUCAAAUGAAAAUGUGUUAACAGUUGUGGGGUGUGAUGACAUGUCCUUAGGAAUCCUUCAAAGCUACAGAGGUGGAUGUAUUACAAUGUGCUCAGACAGGAGUGAAUUGAGUGACAAACAUUGUUUGGGAAUUGGCUGUUGUCAGACCUCCAUUCCCAAGGGUCUAAAGGUCUUUGUUACUUCCCUGGAAACCUAUGAAAAUCACACAAAGGUCUGGUCUUUUAACCCAUGUGGCUAUGCCUUUCUUGGAGAGAAGAAUAGCUACGUAUUUCGCCUUUCUGAUCUCUCCAAUCCACAUAUCGAAGAGAGAAUUUUAGAAACUGUGCCAUUGGUGUUGGACUGGGUGAUCGACAAUAGAAAUUGUAUUGAAGCUCAAAAGUUCAAUAAUUUUACUUGUCAAGAAAACAGUAUUUGUAUCGAUCCUGAUUCUGGUUUUGGAGGAUACCGCUGCAGUUGCUCUAGUGGAUAUGUGGGAAAUCCAUAUCUCAAACCAGGCUGCCAAGAUAUCAAUGAAUGCGACAGUAAUCCCUGCGUUGUAAACGGGAUUUGCAGUAAUACUCCUGGUGGUUACCACUGUUUUUGCCGGAAAGGUUACGUUGGUGAUGGCAAAAAAUCUGGUGUUGGUUGCAUUCUCUUGCAUUCUAAUAUACCUCCCCAGCAUUCAACUAAACUACUAGUGUUUCCAG